AUGACACUUAUUAGAUGGGUAGUAGCAAUACUCUUUUUGGUAUCUGUUUUAAUACAAUGCCAAAUUACAGAGGCACGUUACUUAUCACCCUCUAAUCCUGAGAAAUACUCAACAUCACAAGAUUUACGUUUAAAGAUGAAUAAAUUGACAUCGAAUUUAAAAUCAUAUCCCUAUUAUAAAGGUGCACCAUACAACACUGACUUGGCCGACGAGAAAUCAGAAGGAUCGUUCGCUUUUAAGCUGAGUGGAAAUGGUCAAUACACAGCGAUGUACCCAUUGAAAGCGAUGUACAGUAACGAAUGUCUAGAGGCUUCUCACACCAAGCUUACUGCAGAUCAAGUCAAUGAUUUCAUCGAUUUAAUUAAAGAUCAAUAUAGAGCUCAUUUUUAUGUAGAUGGUUUACCAAUCGGAGAAUUGAAACCAUCUUCGAAUGGUGGUCAAUAUAUAUUAUUAGGUUAUCCAAUUGGUUUCACAUCGACCGACGAAAAUGGAACUGUAAUUAAUGUUGAAUUUUGGUUUCAAUAUAAACAGGUGAUACCGAAUUCCGAUGAUCUGUUUUAUUUGAUUCAUGUUUCAGUGACACCCAGAAGUUUCAUUGGGUGCAAUACGCAAUAUCCAAAUGGAAUGAGUAAACCGAUGGAGUUGUUCCGAGAUACAGCUGCCAACGUAUCGUGGACCUACUCGACGAACCGAUACAACAGUACCGAUGUCAAUCCAGAGGAUCGUUGGGAUAUCUACUAUCCGCAUGCAGUGGCGAUAGAGUCGACCUCUGCAGUCAUUGGAUUCCUCAUUACCGUGGUAGAGUGUUUGUUCCUCGCUUUGGUACUCUGGAAGAUCUUCAGAGGUAACGAAUCACUUGGAUUCAUCCAGUUGGGUGACAGCGGUUGGAAAUCGAUCUACGCCGACGUCUUCCGUUCGCCAAACCGUUACAUGACAUUCUCCAUACUGAUCGGAACCGGUAUGCAGAUUGCAGUCUCCUCAUUCAUGCUGAUGCUAUUCUACGUUGCCGGAUUACUAUCGAUUUCCAAUCCAGGUUCAUUUAGAUUGGCUUUAAUUUUAAUAUUUGCUUUUUGUGGAUUAUUUAGUGGAUAUGCUUCAAUGAGAACAUAUAUUAUGCUUGGAGGAUCUAGAAAGAGACAUAAUGCAUUGUUAAACGCAACACUGAUUCCAUUGAUUUUGUUGAUUUUGAUUUUCAUUUCUAAAUUCCAGUUGUGGAGUAACCAUUAUCUCAGUGCACCAUCGGCAACCGAAGUCAUCUUUGUCAUCUGUAUGUGGUUAUUCGUUUCCAUUCCAACUUCACUUUUAAGUUCUUAUUUUGUUAAUACAUGGCCUCCAGCAGAAUAUCCAUUUAAACCAAAUCAUAUUCCAAGAUUGAUACCAAAAGCAGUUUGGUAUACCAAUCACUAUUUCCACAGUUUAAUUUUCGGAUUCUUGCCUUUCGCUGUCAUUUUCGCACAGAUCAAUUUCGAAUUGGAUCCAAUCUUUAACAAUUUCCACGUUAACAAUUCCUACGAUCUUUGUAUCGCUUUUAUAUUGAUGAUUAUAAAUAUUAUAGUUAUCAAUAUGUUGAUUACUUAUUAUCAACUUUCAAGAGAGGAUUACAAUUGGUGGUGGAGAUCAAUUUUAGGACCGGCUUGUACAUCAAUAUAUAUAUUUAUCUAUCUUUUAGUUUAUGGAUAUCCAAGGGUGUUGGGUGGUACUGGAUUCUAUUAUUUCAUGUAUUCUUUCAUCAUCUCUCUAUUUUCAGCAUUGUUUUUCUCAUCGAUUGGAUUCCUUGGCAAUCUUUGGUUUGUCAAAAAGAUUUAUUCAACUCUACACUUUGAGUAG